UAUGGCUUUAUCUCGAUAUCUGUUUGUCUUCUCAACACAACUCUAAAGUGCCUUCAAAUCAAUGCUUUAAUUGAGUUUACAAUCAAAUAAUUUGCUAAUUGUAUUGAUUUGUGUGUCCAAUAAGUGCAGCGAUUGACAAAUGUCUGAAUAGCUUCAGCAAUGAUUUGAAGAAUGGGUCGCAAAAAGAAAAGUGAAUCCCCGGUGAUGGCGAAGAAGGCGAAAGUGGUUGAGAAACGGGUGACGCGAUCCAAGAGAAACCAAACCAAUACUAAUGCAACUAAUCAUGUGGUGAACAAACCGCUGUCCAAACGCCGCACAAACACUAAGAAUAAUAGAAAUGUGUCAGUUUUGGAGGAAUUGCAGACAAUUGAAUUGGAAAACAUUGAGACAGAAAUCAUUAAUGAGUAUCAAAACAACGAAUUGAUUACAAGUGUUGAUACCGAAGAUCUAGAUAUCACUGAAGGCAUCGAUGUCUCACAAUUCAAACAAUGCAAUCAAAUCGUGGCCAAGAAGUCCCUUCCAGAGCCAGUCUUGCAUUCAGGAGACAACGAUGGGUUCAGUGGAAUCGUUUUGGAGGAAAUGGUGACCGAAACUGAGGUCAAUAGCGAAGUGACUCCUAAGAAAAGAGGCAAACGAAAGGCCAAAGUAGCGAAAGACAGUGUUGUCGACAAUGAAUCAGAAACAGUGGCCAACAAUAAUAAAAGCCUUCCGUGUCUUGACUGUGGUCUCGAGUUUCCAGAUAUGCAUUCACUAGUGGUUCAUGAGGUGACCGCACAUGAAGACAAGGGCUAUAGAUGUCAUGUUUGCGAAAAGGUGUUCACUAGAAAGUACCAUUUGGACCGACAUCUACAGCUGACGCCCUGUUCAGGUCAGCCACCGCCGGCUCAUCCGUGCGAGGUUUGCGGCAAAGUGUACACCAGAAAGGAUAACCUUCGCGAACACCUGAGAGUACACGCCGGAGAAGUGACCCGUAAGAAGAAGUUCAAGUGCGCCCAUUGCCCGAAGAUGUUUCACGGGGCCAGCCUUCUCAGGAUACAUUCAUUGAGUCUUUAUAUUUGUAUUCAUUCAGGAAAACAGUUCAUUCAGGCGGGAGGUCUGAAAGCGCACCUCUUCUACCACACGGGACAGAAUGGAUUCAAAUGCGAGUUCUGUUCAAAGAUCUUCAACCGAAAGGCUAGACUUCAAAUGCAUACCCGAUAUGUUCACGACAAGGACAGACCUUUCGAGUGCACUGAUUGCGGAAAGAAGUUCACCCGAAAGGAGGAUCUAAAUCGACACUACGUUUUGCAUACCGGAGAAAAACCUCAUCAGUGCCCCACUUGUCUCAAACGGUAUGUUCUCUUCUCAAUCAAGCCGUCACUGAAACUGCAUUUACUGACGCACACGAAGGAGGAGCCGCGCAGUUGUCACGAGUGCGGCCGCGCUUUCAUCCGCAAAGACUGUCUUCUGCGACAUAUGCGUAAAAGACAUCGGGAUCUGUUAGACAAGAUCCUCAUGGAAGACAAGGACGACGACGAGGGCUCGCCCUCUGCCGCCUCUCCCGGUUCCAGUGGUUAUGCGGUUAACAAUCGUGUGCUCAGCGAACAGAAGUUAUGCGAUUCCAUACGAGAACUGCUGAGCCUUUUGGUGGAUGAGGCGACUCUCAAAGGCUUUGGAUGGCCGGACGCACCCGUCGAUGAACUGCUCGAGGCGGUGAUCAAGAGGUGCGGACACACGCCUGUCAAACACGACAGUUAUAGCUAUUACGACAGACUAAGAGAGAACUCGAAGCUCUUGUUUACGGUUGUCAUCGAUGAUAAUGCAGUGAAGACUUUGCUCAACAAUCAGACCGUCGAUGAAGUGAUUCUUCAUGUCCUCAGAUUAGCUAAAUCCUAAGCAUCUGAACAUUCCUUCGUGCAAACCCUCAUACGAUACUAAUAAUACAAAUAAUAUAAAACUUUAAUUAUAUUACAGUCUAUAAUGUUAUGUAAUAUUGAACUUAAAGUGCCUUUUCUUACAUCAAACCUAAUGUGAAAUUUUUGUAGAUUUCAAACAUCUAGUUAUCACUUAUUUUGGUCACACUUUCCACAUAUUUUUUAAACGCAU